CCAACCUGCUGAUACUGUAGAUACUAUGAUAAACACAGUAAAAGGUCUGUGACGAUCGUCCACUGGAGGGCAGUGUGAAACAAGUGGACUGAUGGCCCCACUCAUGCUUUUGGUCCAUCGUAGAGGGGUGAGCUGUAGCCUUCUGGGACUGAACAUCAUACAGGAAAGUCAGGUGAGUGAGUGAUCUGCUCAUGUAAUACUAAUCACUAAAAGUGGUUAUUACUACAUAGAGACUGUAUUGGUGCAUAACACAGUGCUGAUGACAGAAAUUCUUAAUCUGCCUGUGUGUCAAACUGUCUGCAGCUGUAGUAAGAUUUCAGUAUGCUGGUAUUUAGAAAUACGUUUUCUGAUCUUUAAGUGUAAACUAUAAUUUUUGAUACCAUGAGGAAAAUCAAGGCUGAGAAUAAGUGCGUCCUCUGAAGUAACUAAUUUUCAACUGAGUGUUGUAAGUUUAUUCUGUGUAUGAGACAUUUUCUAAAAAAUAAUAUGUAGAAAAUAAGAUUAUUUACUGUGCAUAUUAAUUCAAUAAGAUGGAACUGAUUGUUUUUUCAUUAAGCAUUUAUCUUUUAUUUUAUGUCUAGACAUAAUUAUGUGGAUUUGGUAACAUGGGAUCCCACAUCAUGUGACUUCUUUAUCUUUUAUCCUACCAAAAGAAUUACCAUCAGUUGUCAGACAUACACUUUUUGUCAAGCUAUACUGUCAUUUCAGUUGUUACUUGUACUCAACUGUAAAUUCUUUUUACUGACUUCAAGAUUGUCAUAAGUUAUAACUUUCCCAAAAUUACUAUAUGUUUUUUUUUUUUUGUUUUUUUUUUGUUGAUCACCUUAAUUACAAAACUGAUAACAGAAUAAAUUAUGCUAUGACUGUUAUUUUUUUAUAGUGCUUGUUGAUUCUUCUUGGUAGCCCUUGGUAGUCACAUAUUCUUAGUAUUCAGGUCAUUUCAGUUUUAUUUAUAUAGUAAAAUGUUACCGAUCUCUGUUUUGCCUCAGUGGACUUUGUUGUAUGAUAUACAAGACCUUCUGAUCUUUAAUCCUUGAUUGAAAUAAUAAAAAACUACAACAAAAACAUCUCUGAUGGUAAAAUAAAUUGGAAAAAACCUCAGGAAGAGGACAGGUGGGUCCCUCCCCAUGAUGCUUUGUGCACAUCAAUUUAUACAAAUAAAAUUCAUAAAUAAAUUAUAUACAGCCUGACACCCUGUGGACAAAAUAACAGGAUAUCCAGAUGUUCAAGGGCAGUCAUAAUGAAUCUUUUCUUCAGUGCUGCCAUUGGAUCAACACAAAAACAGUUUCCCAUUAUGAGUCUAUCCUAAGCCUCAUCUCAUCUCAUCUUGAUUUGGUUCUGCCAUGUGUUGUGUGUUCAUAUGUGAGUGUGUCAAACAGUGCAUAUGUUUGUGCACCUUGUUAGUGGCAGUGUGCCUCUGCAGGAUCCUGAUGACUGGGAUGACUGUGGUGUUUAUAGAAGAAUUCCUGCCUUCUCACACCCAUUGAGUGUCGAAUCUUUAUGGCCUCCUUGGAACUCAGUUUGUAAACACAAACACUGCAACACACAAAAGAACGUGAGAGGGAAAAAAAGUGGUGUGAGAGAUGGAAGUGAACUCCUUGCACAUUCACAUGCUUGGGGCAUCUGCUGUAUUUUCAUCUCUACAAACAUGGAUGUUGAUGAGUACAAGGUUAAUGUCUGAUCAUUGAUACAGGAGAUGAAGAGAAAUUAAAUUGUUGCUCAGCAUGUGAUAGGAUACAAGAGUAUAAUACUGGAGUGCAAGAAGAAGUUGGAAAAAGUGCAUUCAUCUGUUAAAGGUGUUGGUAAAGCAUGAAUAAUGUUAAACUCCAUCUGCAUUUAAGAUGGAGCAGGAUUUAUGUUCAUCCUCUGACAGUCUACAAAUGCAUGUGUGUUUAGUGGGAGUCAAAGGGAGAGAGAAUGAGCUGAGUUAAGGAGAUGCACUGAUUAUGUGUGUGUGUGUGUGUGUGUGUGUGUGUGUGCACGCAUGUGUGUGCGCACGUGUGUGUGUGUGUGUGUGUGUGUGUGUGUGUGUGUGUGUGUGUGUCAGGGGGUGGGUGCAUUAGUCCGUGUCAGACAGCAAAGAGUGCCGCAGUUAUCUAGGAAUCUGAGCCAAAGCAACCUCACUAACAGAGAGAGAGAGCAGGAGAAAGAGGAGGACCAGGAGUGAGAUGAACUGGGGAUAAAAAGGAAGAGGAGACUGGAAGAAGUGCACACAACAAUAGACAGGGCCAAAGAGAAUAGGUGAGAACAACUUUCAUGUUUCCAGGUAGUUAUUGAGAUAUAAAUUCAAAUCUGCAAAAGCAUCGACAGCUAAAAGAAGAAGGGAGGUUUCUUUCUGGAAGACAAGGUGGCGACUGUUCAAUUGAGACCAGCAUCGAGGGUAAACAACAAGUAUCAGUCUCUGGAUUUGCCCAUGAUUUCACUUGGUUUUCUUGGUAUGCUUCCUCUUCUGUCACUGUAUGUGGGAGCGCUGCUCUCCUCAGAUGCAUCACCGGCUUGCACACACCCUCCCUGCAGGGACACUCUGGUAGCUGCUCCCAUCCCAGGUGUUGGUACAGGGGCCUGUGAGGGUCAAACUGGGACAUCCGCAUGCAGGUUAGGAGUUUCACUUCCAGCUAUUUCAGAAGCUCCUCAAAGGUUGGAGCACAGGCACGAUUUUCCUCAGGCUCAGACAAAGACUGGAGGUGUCAAAGAGCGUCUAGUUCAGUUGCAGCGCUGCAUGCGCUCUCUCCAGGAAACAGGAGGCCCCUGGAGUCAUGGGGGCCAGGAGAACAGCUCUCUGGGGGCCAUCCUGGCACUAAUGGCAGCUGUGCUGACAGAGUGUGACCUCCACUGUCACAGCCAGGCACUCGGAGCAAUGGCCAAGCGACUGGAGAGUGCAGCCGUGGGAAGAGAAGGAGAGAAAGAUCUGCUCCUUUUCCUGAAGAGCAUCACACAGUACACACCUACAGUGGCCCCCUUGGAAAGGUUACAUCCUCAGGACUGCGCAGAGAUUUACAGGCUCGGAAUCAAAGAGAAUGGAAUCUACACCAUCCAACCAGACCUGCACAGACCAGCACUGGAGGCUAAAUGUGACAUGGAGACGGCGGGUGGUGGAUGGACAGUGGUCCAGAAUCGGCAGGACGGUUCGGUGGACUUCAACAGGACAUGGCAAGAAUACCGGGAUGGUUUUGGCAGUCCACAGGGAGAACACUGGCUGGGGAACGCAGCACUGCACGCCCUCACCUCAGCAGGCCAACACCAGCUCCGCAUUGAGCUGGAGGACUGGCACCAACAGAGGAGGCAGGCAACCUACAACAACUUCAAAGUGGCAUCAGAGGCACAAAGAUAUCGCCUGACAGCACGGGAGUACUCUGGAGAUGCAGGCAACGCCCUGAGCUACAGCAAACGUUAUAACCAUGAUGGAAGAUCCUUCAGCACAGCUGACAGAGACAAUGACCGCUAUGCAUCUGGAAACUGUGGACAGUACUACGGCACAGGCUGGUGGUUCGAUGCCUGUUUGGCCGCUAACCUUAAUGGACAUUAUUACCGUGGCCGCUACAGUGGAGUGACCAAUGGUAUCUACUGGGGAACGUGGUACAUCCUGACAGAUGGAAGAACUGGAGAACGGUACUCCUUCAAGAGGGUGGAGAUGAAGUCAAGACCCCGGAACUUUCUAGGACCAUCGUAGAGAUAAUGAAUGAUGUUCACUUAAACAUGUGUCACACAGAACAAACCAUCCUGGCACAAUAAAAAUCUUAUUCUUCAUUUUUCUAACAUAUAUUGAAGUCACUGUAUUAACAUCACUCUGUUUAGAGCAGCUUUUAUUUCACUCAUCAGUUACAUGGCAGCUAUUAGAUUAAAUAAAAAUUUGCAAAAUUUACCAGCAGAAACCUUUACAGUUAAUAUU